AAAAUUUUCACCAAUAAAAAAAAAACUACGAACGAAACGAUCAUCCAAUUAAAGCUUUCUGGAAUCUCUUCGCUCGCAGCAAAAAGUCCCCACAAAGCCAAGUGCAGUUCACACGCCCUAAAUAAAAGACAUCGAUAUUCGGCCACAAGUCGUCAAUUGCCGUGAUCGCAGUUGUUCCCGUUCAGCCCGUUGGUAAAGCAAUCCGUGUUGCGGGUUUCGCAUAGCUGCACCUUCUUGUUAUUUUUUCUGUGCGCGGAAACUUCCCGUAAAAGCAUUCACCAUAGGGCUAUCCGAGACAGCCGUGAUGGAUAUAAUGGCCUCGAAUCUGCAGCAGCAACGAGCAAUCACCGAGCAGCUCCGGCGCGAAGCUGCCAUCCAGCGCAUCACGGUGUCGCAGGCCGUGGCGGACAUCGUGAAGUACGUGACGGAGCACCAGGCCGAGGACUGCCUGCUGGUCGGGUUCUCCAGCCAGAAGGUGAACCCGUUCCGCGAGAAGAGCUCCUGCAGCAUUCUGUAAGCUUGCCUGCACGAUGGAUGCUGCACUACUCGUUAGUUUUGCCCCCAUUUCUGCCGGAAUGUAGGAAACAGAUCCAGCGGAAGGAACAGCUCUAUCGUCACCUGGCGCGAUGACGUCAUCCGGAAAAAAAAGGGUGAGGAGGUAGUGUAGGAAGCAUGCUCAAAAUUGUACCGCCAAGAUAAAUUGAUGUGUUAAGUGUCUAUUUGGAAAUGGAGUAACCGUGCCCUCCCCGGUAAAAUGCAC